AUGGCGCGUAGGGCGCCGAGCGGGCGGGCCCCGGCCGCGGCUCCGGCUCCGUCCCGGCGGCUGGCACGGAGAGUCCUCGUCCUCUUCGCUCUCUCGCUGUCCUGCUCGUACCUCUGCUACAGCCUCCUGUGCUGCUGCGGCGGCUCCGCCGCGCCCCGCGCCCGCUGCCCGUCCGUCCGCGCCGCCGCCGCCAAGAAACUUCUGCAGCAGUCGCGGCCGUGCGGGCGGCCGCCCCCCGCCGAACCCCCCGCCCCGCCGGCCGGCAGCGCCCCGGGGGCGGCUCGCCCGGGGACCAAGCGCCUGCCGCGGGCCAUCGUGGUGGGCGUCAAGAAGGGCGGUACCCGCGCCGUGCUGGAGUUCAUCCGGGUGCACCCCGACGUGCGCGCGCUGGGCACCGAGCCCCACUUCUUCGACAGGAACUAUCACCGCGGGCUGGAGUGGUACAGGAGCCUGAUGCCACGGACGCUGGACAGCCAGAUCACGGUGGAGAAGACCCCCAGCUACUUUGUCACCAAAGAGGCCCCACGGCGGAUCUUCAACAUGUCCCGGGAGACGAAGCUGAUCGUGGUGGUGCGGAACCCGGUCACCAGGGCCAUCUCAGACUACACACAGACACUCUCCAAGAAGCCAGACAUCCCCACCUUCGAGGGGCUGACCUUCCGAAACCGCAGCCUGGGGCUGGUGGACACCUCCUGGAACGCCAUCCGCAUCGGGAUGUACGCCGUGCACCUGGAGAGCUGGCUCCAGUACUUCCCCCUCUCCCAGAUCCACUUUGUCAGUGGGGAGAAGCUCAUCACAGAUCCAGCCGGGGAGAUGGGCAAAGUCCAGGACUUCCUGGGCAUUAAACGGGUUAUCACGGACAAGCACUUCUACUUCAACAAGACAAAAGGCUUUCCGUGCCUGAAGAAGUCGGAGAGCAGUGGCUUGCCUCGCUGCCUGGGCAAGUCCAAGGGCAGGACUCAUGUGCAGAUAGACCCCGAGGUGAUCGAGCAGCUUCGGGACUUUUAUAGACCUUAUAAUAUCAAAUUCUAUGAAACAGUUGGGCAGGACUUCAGGUGGGAAUAAGGGCCUGGGAGCAGAGCUGCAGUGACAUUAGGCUGCAGUCUUCCAUGAGGGGGGCCCAAGAGAGCUGGGACCCCCCAGCUCGUCCUGCCCAGAACUGCGAGCAGAGGCAGGCGAGGGCUUCCCUGUCCCUUGGGAAUCAGCAGUGCUCUGGAGCCAAGACAAGGAAGACACAGAGUCCUGCUGCAGUCACCACGCUGAGGGAUGAGCAUGAGGGUGACCUGCCUGUCCCAGCAGGUCAGCAGCGCUGUGGCUUGUCCUGUGGGGUCCUGUUUGCUUUUAACACCACGUGGUCUGCAGGGCCACAGUGAUGGCCCCAUCCUGCAGCCUGUGCGCAGGCUGCUCCAAGCACAUCCCUCCUCUGUGUCCCAAAGCAGAUGGGUGCUCCUGGGCAGUGGCAGUGGGACUGUCCCCCCACGUCCUGGGCAGGCAGAGCUCUGGCCUCUCCGCUUUGCCUUCAUCACUUGCGCGCAGUGUGUACCCGUGAGGACAGUGAGAUGUAUCUGCUUGACAAAGAAGUCUAUGGAAAAUGUUGUACUGAUAUUUUGUCCUGUGAAUAAAGCACAGAAUCCUGCUGUUA